AUGGCUCCCUCAGCGAUUGUCAGUGAUCUUGCUACCCCUGCAGACGUUCCAGAGUCCAAGCAGACCCCGGCAAAUGCCCCAACACCGCAACUGUUCUCUCUUGCUGGCCGGACCGUGGCCAUCACUGGCGGUGGAAGAGGUGUUGGCAUAACCCUCGCCAUUGCCGUAGUCGAGGCCGGAGGAUGCGUUGCUUGUCUAGAUAUCCUACCAGAGCCAUCACCGGCAGAAUGGAAGCAAUUGCAACAACUUGCUCAAAAAUCUGGACUCUCUGCAACGUACAGCAAAUGCGACAUCACGAACGAAGACGAGGUCUCUCGCCUACUAGAUGAGAUCGCAACAGAAGCAGCUGGAAGAUCGGCUCCUUUCUCCGGAAUCGUAGCUUGUGCGGGAAUCCAGCAGACUACUCCAGUAGUAGACUAUUCCGUGGCAGACUUCAAUAGAAUGAUGAACGUUAACGUUACUGGUACCUUCAUCACAGCAAAGCACGCCACACGAGUCUUCAUCAAGAACAAGAUCAAGGGGUCGAUCGUCUUGAUAGCUUCCAUGUCCGGUAGUGUUGCAAACCGUGGACUUGCAUGCAGUGCUUACAACACAAGCAAGUCUGCCUUGCUCCAAUUGACCAGAUCUAUGGCGCAGGAGAUUGGACAGCACGGUAUCCGGAUCAACUCUCUGUCCCCAGGAUACAUCCGAACUGCCAUGACGGAUGCGCUGCUUGCUGCGGAGCCUGAGGUGGAGAAAGUAUGGAUGGCAGGAGCGCUGUUGGGAAGAUUGGGUGCUCCAGAAGACUUCAAAGCGCCGGCGGUUUUCUUACUGGCUGAUGGCAGCUCAUUCAUGACUGGAGCCGACCUGCGAGUGGAUGGUGGGCACUGCGCCUCUGCUUGA